AUGAAUUCCAUCCCCAUUUUGCUUUCCAUGACUGUCACAGUGGUUGUAUGGGUCAUUUCAUGGGCUGGUACAGUCAACAGCGCUCUGUUAGUCACGAAACAAAGCACUAGCCGUCUUGUGUUCGCCCAUUUCAUGAUUGGAGCAACUCGUAAUCGGAAAAGUGCAUCUGAAUAUGACGAGGACAUGCGACGCGCAAGAUCACUGGGUAUUGAUGCCUUUGCGUUGAAUAUUGGGGUGGAUCCGUACACAAACCAGCAACUCGAGCUUGCUUAUGAAUCAGCUGCACAGAACAUGAUGCAAGUCUUCAUUUCUUUUGAUUUCAAUUGGUGGCAAACGGAGCAAACCACCGAGAUCGGUCAGACAAUUGCUAUGUUCGCUACCAGACCUGCUCAGCUAAUUGUGGACAACAAAGUUUUUGCAUCAACCUUUGCCGGUGACGGGUUGGACGUGGCAGCAUUAAGAACAGCAGCUGGAAUUCCGAUUUUCUUUGCUCCUAAUUUUCACCUCGCUUUUGGAACCGACAUCUCAGCCGUUGAUGGCCUCUUCAACUGGAUGGCUUGGCCCCAUAGCGGAGGAAACAAAGCACCGACACGUCACAGCAAUAUUUCUGUCUCGGAUGGAGAUCAGGUAUACAUCAAUGCACUUGCAGGACGAGCCUACGUCGCCCUGUCCCCGUGGUUUUUUACCCACUUUGGGCCCGAGGUACCAUAUAGCAAGAACUGGGUGUUCCCUUCAGAUCUGCUAUGGUAUGAUCGCUGGCAUGAAAUAUUGACCAUGGGGCCUCGUUUUAUUGAAAUUGUGACAUGGAAUGACUAUGGCGAGUCCCACUAUACUGGGCCCUUGCAUUCUCCCCAUACUGAUGAUGGAGCUUCAAAGUGGGUCAAUGACAUGCCACACGAUGGAUGGUUAGAGAUGGCAAAGCCGUUUAUCGCAGCAUUUAAAGCAGGCGCAUCUUCUCCAGACAAAUACAUCACUUCUGAUCAAUUGUUCUACUGGUAUCGCCCUACAUUGCGGAAUCAGAACUGCGACAUAACAGAUACGUGUACGGCUCCAGCUAUUAACAAUAGCGGGAAUUACUUCUUAGGCCGGCCUGACGGUUGGAAUUCCAUGCAGGAUUCUGUCUUCGUGGUCUCUUUAUUGCGAAGCCCCGCAUUAGUGCAGAUCAACUCCGGCGGUAGGGCGUACCAUUAUAAUGCUCCAGCAGGGAGCUUUGCCCGAGCGGUAUCGAUGUAUACCGGAGAACAAUCGUUCUCUGUUUAUCGUAACGGGCAGGCAAUUCUUGAAGGGACCAGCCUCAAACCAAUCAUCAACGGUUGUGUCUGUGGCUUAUAUAAUUUCAACGCUUAUGGUAAGACCUUUGCCAAAGGCCACAUAUUCGAAUUCUGA